AUGCUCGGUGCUAACAUGUCCAGCUUCCUUGUAUCGCAAUCUUUUGCCAUUCGUACCAGCGCUGCUCCGGCUAUUCGCAGACGCUACCCUGCACCUGGCCCCCCGCCCUUCUUCAGCAUGUCCCUCUUUGCGCUAUCCUUCCUCGCCCCUCCCGCCGCUCUCCAGGUAAAGACGUCGUACACGGUGCACGACUUCUGGCUCUCGCAAGCGUCUCACUCUAGCGGUGUCGGCGUGACGUCUCUCCCGCGCGCUCCUAGUCCCAGUAUUCUAAAUCAUAUUCCCCGCAUCAACGGCGCUAUCCCUACUCUCGUGCCUUAG